AUGGGGAGUACCACCGAGGAGCCUUUGGCACUAGACCCUCAACUCCCUCAAGAAAGUAAGAUCCUCUCAGCAUCCCGUCACGGCACCAGCUUCUGGACACAGACUGGAAGAAUCGACACCCAGCUCUCCAAUGGCACUGUCGCGUCCUACUUCAUCAAAAUCGUCACCAAAGGAGACGGCCAGAAAAUGGUCCAAGGAGAGUACGAGUCCAUGAAAGCCAUCCACGGCGUUUCCCCAACAUUCGCACCAAAACCACUAAGCUGGGGCUCUUACGAUCAGCGACCCCACACACAUUUCUUCCUCUGUGAGUACCGCGAAAUGAAGGCCGGGAUGCCCGACCCGGAGGAAUUCGGCGCUCGGUUGGCAGAACUGCAUCGGGAGAGUAAGUCCCCGAAUGGAGCGUUCGGAUUCCACAUUGACACGUGGAGUGGGAAUAUUCCGCAGCAGAAUGAGUGGGAGGCGAGCUGGGAGGUGUUCUUUGCGAAGAACAUGCGGUGGGCGCUAAAUUGCGAGAUUAAGGCGAAGGGGUUUGACGCGGAGUUUGAAACUCUGGUGCCGGUGAUCUUCGAGAAGGUGAUUCCGCGGCUGUUAAGGCCGUUGGAGAGUGAGGGUCGAUCGGUGAAGCCUUCCCUUGUGCAUGGCGAUUUGUGGUAUGCCAAUUCGGGUGUGGAUGCGACGAGUAAUCAGUCGCUUGUCUUCGACGCUUGUUGCUUUUAUGCUCACAACGAAUGUAAGACUGCAUUUGGACAUCAAUUGUUAAGCGCGGGUUUCUUUAACGUGUGUGCAUGA